AUGUCUGGUGUCCUAGGCACACAGGCUUACAAGGUAUACUUUGGGAAUCCAGUAUCCUAUCGUCAAGGAGGAAUCACUUGUGCUAUGCCUUUUGGCUCCCUUGUCGGUGCACUAUCUUCGUCCUAUGUUGCGGAUCGAUAUUCUCGUCGGGCUAGUAUUCAGAUAGCUUCGAUCUUCUGGAUCGUUGGUUCAAUCAUUCAAUGUGCUUCUCAAGAUAUCGCCAUGCUGGUCGUUGGUCGUGUGGUUGCUGGCAUUUGUGUUGGUAUUGCCUCGUCCAUCUGCCCCGUGUACCAAGCAGAGAUCGCCCCCAAGGAAAUCCGCGGCCGGGUUGUCUCUCUACAACAAUGGGCUAUUACCUGGGGUAUUCUAAUCCAGUACUUCAUUCAGUACGGUGCAUCGUGGGUUGGAGGAGGUCCCGAUGAUAUCAACCAGCCAACGUCUGCAUUCCGUAUCCCAUGGGGGGUGCAGAUAGUUCCAGCUGUGCUACUCUUCUUCGGCAUGUACUUUUUGCCAAAGUCACCUAGAUGGCUAGCUUCGAAAGACCGCUGGGACGAGGCGAUCCAGGUCUUAGCUAAUCUACACGGCGGUGGCGAUCUCAACCAUCCCAAGGUCCUGGCCGAAUAUAAGGAGAUUGAAGAAGCGCUUCGAUUCGAUCGCGAGGAAGCCAUAAGCAGCUACAGACAGCUGGUUGAACCCCGCAUGUUGAAGCGUGUACUACUGGGAAUGUCAAUACAAAUGUGGUCUCAACUGUGCGGAAUGAACGUAAUGAUGUACUAUGUAGUUUACAUCAUGGAAGGCGCAAACAUCGCCUCUCCCCUUCUGACCGCUUCAAUCCAAUACAUCCUAAACGUUCUGCUCACCCUCCCUGCCAUCGUCUAUCUCGACCGUUUCGGCCGGCGCCCCGCCAUGCUCAUCGGGUCCUUCCUAAUGAUGACCCUCCUCUUUAUCGUCGGGGCGCUCCAAGCAUCCUACGGCUCCCCUCCGCUCGCCGACGGCAAGAAACACGACACGUCCUGGAUCAUCCAGGACAACAAGGCAGUCUCCAAAGCCAUCGUAGCAAUGACCUACCUCUUCGUCUGCAGCUUCGCUACAACCUGGGGCCCCACAUCUUGGACAUAUCCUUCGGAGAUAUUCCCGACGAAAAUUAGAGCAAAGGCUGUUUCGCUGGCCACGGCUUCGAAUUGGUUCUGGAAUUGUGUUCUUGCCUUUGCUGUCCCGCCACUUCUCUGGAAUAUCAAUUGGAAAAUGUACAUGAUAUUCGCCACCUUCAACGGCGUCGCUUUUAUCCACAUGUUCCUCACCGCCCCCGAGACAAAAGGCAAGACCCUCGAAGAAAUGGACGAAGUAUUCGACAGCGGGCUCCCCGCCUGGAAAUCCCUGCCCAAGAGCUCGCGGCUCGACCAGCUGCAGAGAGACAUCGAGGCUGGGAAUCUCAAGAUCACGGCUCCGGUCGUUGGCGUUCCUGAUGCUGUACACACUGAGAAAGCGCCUGUGGCCGAGACUACGACUGCUGAGGAGACUGCGACUGGUACUAAGGAGUAG